CCGCGUAGUGCCAGUGCCACACAGAGGUCGACCGGCCACGUCGCGUGUGCUUAAAUACGCCGACGACGACGGAGCUAGACGAGCUAGCUAGAGCAGCACACUGAUCGAUCCACGGAUCAGGGAGAGGGAGAGGGGCGGCAGAGAGCGAGAUGGGGAGGAGGGCGUGCUGCGCCAAGGAAGGGAUGAAGAGAGGGGCGUGGACGAGCAAGGAAGAUGGCAUCUUGGCCGCCUACGUCAAGGCCCACGGCGAAGGCAAAUGGAGGGAGGUCCCCCAAAAAGCCGGUCUGCGCCGGUGCGGCAAGAGCUGCCGGCUGCGGUGGCUCAACUACCUCCGGCCGAACAUCAAGCGCGGCAACAUCUCCGACGACGAGGAGGACCUCAUCGUCCGCCUCCACAAGCUCCUCGGCAACAGGUGGUCUCUGAUCGCAGCCAGGCUGCCGGGCCGAACAGACAAUGAAAUCAAGAACUACUGGAACAGCACGCUCGGCCGGAGGGUCGGCGCCGGCGGCAGCAGGGCCGUCGUCGCCGGCAAGCCGGACGCCCCGGCGGCGUCGGGCGCCGGCAGCUGCGAGACCGGCCAGAAGGGCGCCGCCGCCGCUCCUCGCGCGGGCCCCGACUCGGCUGGCUCCGCCGCCGCCGAGACGGCCGUGAGGGCGCCCAAGGCCGUGCGGUGCAGGGCCGGCAGCCUGUUAUUCUUCCACUCGGACCAGGACACGCCGCCCGCGGGCGAGACGCCAACGACCGGGGGAGGAGCAGGAGGGCCAGGAGAAGGACCGGACGACUGCAGCAGCUCGGCGGCGUCGACCUUCGCGGCGGGCGUCGACGAGCAGCCGUGCUUCUCCGGCAGCGGCGACUGGAUGGACGACGUGAGGGUCCUGGAGUCGUUCCUCGAGAACGACGACGAGUGGGUCAUGUGCCAGGUGACCGACGAGCAUCUGGCGUAGAGAGCGAUACGUAGGUCUACCCUGUAGCUAUGUGCUGUAUACAGUAACUCCGUUUGGUUUGUAGCGUGCUAGUGC